AUGCAAUCACUAGAAAAACUUCAGCUCUGUGGGGGAGAACACGAUGAUGCGACGGUAGACGGCUUCAGUAUAACCAUGGCCAAGUUCCCGCGUCUGUGGUCCCUCAAACUAUGGAAUUUGGUAGGUGCAAAUGCUGAAAAGUUUUUCCCUGGGCCAAUACAGAGCUUGCGCAAGGUGAAGGUUGAAUUUUGUUUUAUUUCCACGGUCAGAUUUCUUAACCUGUCAGCCGUUGCGGCUGAAAGCCUAUACCUCUGCAUUCGACAAUCAGACGGUGUCACAGGACCGUAUGAAAUUAGUACAACGAAGAUUAUGAAUCUGACCAUAGGCGGACGCUUACCACCAGGUUUCCGAUUGAAAGGUUUGCCGCAGAACUGCACACUCUGCGCUGAUGCCUUCCUGCUCCAAGGUGCAAAAAUAUUGAUGGCAGAGGCCGUAUAA